AGAGGAUCCCUGAGCCUACGCCCUUCCUGAGGCUGGCUCCCUUUCAGGUUAACGGUCUAGGACAGGCAAGAGGGACAUGGGCGCAGAGAAGGGAGGGAUACCUGCCUCAAGUUACUUGGUCAUUACUCUCACCACCUCCGCCUAGCGGCGCCCAACCUCUCAUUUACCCCUCAUUACCCUGGCGCCUGGCAGGGGUCUGGCCGGGAACGGAGGACACGCUGGUGGCCUGCGUGUGGCACAGGUUCCAGCCCUUCGCCCCGACUGGGUGGCAACUGGCUGGCUAGUUCAGGUGCAAAAGAAAUGGAGAGGGCGCACACCGGGAAGUGAAUGCUCCUGGUCCGGGAGUGGUGGGUGGCUGUGUACUCGAGUCACCGCCCGGGUGACCGCGACGGCGACGACGCUGCGAGGCCCGCAGGGAGGGGGAGGUGCCAGCCCGCGUCCCGCCCCUCGGCCUCCACCUUCGCCUCCCCUCCCGGCCCGUGCUGCCCGGUCUCGCGGGCCUCUCGGUCCCAGUCCCAGCCUGGGACAGAGGGGCUGCUGUCGCCGAGGAAGCUGACAAUGACCCGGAGUCUCGCAUGCCCCAGCGGGCAUCAAGGACAGCGGACGCCCGGACACCUGCGCUCACAGAAAAGGGGACCCCCUUUCUCUUGGAUGCUGGAGCUAUGAUCCUCCGGGGGUAAUCCUUGAGAGAAGCAAUGCAAGCCUUUGGCCCUCCAAAUGACAGCCCCCUCCAAGGCCUGGUUGCUUCCCGAAUUGAGACUUAUGGGGGCCGCCACCAGACCUCUGCCCAGAGCAAUGCUGGGAAUAUUUAUCCAAGAGGAGGCCCUGUAUUGGACCCAGGUCGCCGACGCCUCCAGCACUAUGUCCCUUUUGCCAAAGGCUCUGGCCAGACCCGAGGCCUGUCUCCUCUGAAACUCCGGGAACUAGAGCCAGAGAAGAGGCAUGGAGGCCAUUUUGGGGUUGGCCCACCUCACUCCCCCAAACUCAAGGAAGUCACCAGGGCCCACGAGCUGGAGGUGAGACUGCACACCUUCAGCAUGUUUGGGAUGCCCCGCCUGCCGCCCGAGGACCGGAGACACUGGGAGAUAGGAGAGGGAGGUGACGGCGCCCUGACCCUGGAAAAGUCCUGGAAGGAGCUGGUGCUUGGACACAAGGAGAUGAGCCGCGAGCUUUGCCACCAGCAGGAAGCGCUGUGGGAGCUCCUGACCACCGAGCUGAUCUACUUGAGAAAGCUCAAGAUCAUGACUGAUCUCCUGGCAGCUGGUCUGCUGAACCUGCAGCGGGUGGGGCUGCUGACUGAGGUGUCAGCCGAGAUGCUGUUUGGAAAUGUCCCCAACCUGAUUAGAGCCCACCGGAGCUUUUGGGAGGAGGUGCUGCAGCCCGCCCUGGAAGACACUCGCACCUCUGGCCAGCCUCUGGACCCCGUCAGCUUACAAAAUGGCUUCCUGACAUUUGGCCAGCGGUUCCAGCCUUAUGUCCAGUACUGCCUGCGAGUAAAGCGGACCAUGGCGUAUGCCCGGGAGCAGCGAGACACGAACCCUCUGUUCCACGCUUUUGUGCAGUGGUGUGAGAAGCACAAGCGCUCCGGAAAACAGACCCUGGGCGACUUGCUCAUUAAACCUCACCAGCGCAUCACCAAGUACCCACUGUUGCUGCAGGCUGUGCUCAAGAGAUGCCCCGAGCCCCGAGCCCAAGAGGCCCUGAAUGCCAUGGUUGCAGCUGUGGAGUCCUUCCUGAGACACAUAAAUAGGCAGGUCCGCCAGGGUGAAGAGCAGGAGAGCUUGGUGGCUGCGGCCCAGCGCAUAGGACCCUACGAGGUGCUAGAGCCCUCCAGCGAGGAAGUGGAGAAGAACCUGCGUCCCUUUUCUACCCUGGAUCUAAUGACCCCCAUCCUAGGGGUUGCCGCUGAGCACACUAGGCAACUACUGCUGGAAGGACCCGCGAGAGUGAAGGAAGGUAGAGAAGGGAAGAUAGAUGUCUACCUGUUCCUCUUCUCUGAUGUUCUCCUGGUAACCAAACCUCAACGCAAGGCGGACAGAGCCAAGGUCAUCCGUCCCCCUCUCAUGCUGGAGAAGCUUGUGUGCCGACCGCUGCGAGACCCCAACAGCUUCCUGCUGAUCCACCUCACUGAAUUCCAGUGUGUCGCCAGUGCCCUCACCGUGCACUGUCCCAGUUCAACAGAGCGUGCCCGGUGGCUGGAGAAGACCCAGCAGGCCCAGGCCACUCUGCAGAAGCUGAAGGCUGAGGAGUAUGUUCAACAGAAGAGGGAGCUCCUGGCCAUCUACCGCAACCAGGGCAGGGAGUCCCCCAGCACCAGGCCCUCCACUCCUUCCCAGGAGGACUCUCAGAGCAGUGCCGAGGGGAGGACUUUGGAGUUCUCCGUCAUCCCUCGCCUGGUGGUGACUGAAGAUACAGAUGAAGAUGCCGCCUCCGUGACCGACGAUGCCUCAGACUCUGGCUACGGCACCCUGAUUCCAAGCUCCCCCAAGAACUCUCAUUCCCCCCUGAGCAGGCUUCGGACCAAGGCCCUCCGGAGGGACCCUCGUCUCACCUUCUCCACCCUGGAACUCAGAGACGUUCCUUUGCGCCCGCAGCCUCCUGACCCCCAAGCUCCCCAGCGACGGAGUGCCCCAGAAUUUCCCGACGGGAUCUUAAGAGGGGGCAGUCUACCCAGGACAGCUCCCCCGACCUGGUCGGAGGAGGAAGAUGAGGCCUCCACCCCGGGGAGCGUGGUGGUAGAAACCCUAAACCGGGCGCAGAGUCGCAGUCCGCGCUCCCACUCUCCCCCCCACACCGACUCGGCCGGGGAAAGCCCCUGGGAGUCCUCAGACGAAGAGGAGAGGCCUUUGUCCCCAGGACUCCGCCCCCGCCCCCUGCGGGCUGAGGACAUGCUCAGGGAGAUAAGGGAGGAGCUGGCCAGCCAAAGGAUUGAGGGAGCCUCGGAACCCGGGGAAGGCAAGCCCCGGAGGCUGACACGAGCUCAGCUGCAGAGAAUGAGGGGCACCCACGUCAUACAACUGGACACACCCCUGUCCACAUCAGAAGUGUGAGCAAUGCUGAGGCCUCCCGGUACAUCCUCUAGAGGAACUGUCUCCCCAAGAGUGCUGGCCACCACCCUCCCCCUGGAGUCUACCUCAAGGAUCCGCUUCAAAACAAGCCCGACCCAGGCCCCCUCCUCCUGCUCUGAGGACUCCGGAGGUUAAGACAGGGACACACCCUUGAGCCCCACAUAAAACUGCCCAGAAACAUG